UCCUGCUGACAUCAUCCAGCAUGACAGGGCUCUUCGAGCAGCAGCAGCCCCGGCCCCCCUCUCCCGCGCAGCACUAAUGCACUGGCUCUCGAGGACCGCUACGGCGCAGCCUCCAGCCACAUCUUGGGGCUGUGAGGGGAGGGAGGGGGGCAGGUCACAGAGCCCAUUCUGGGCUGCCGAGCUACCUACGCACUGUCCUCGCUGAUUAGCCGUGGGAUUCCUGCCUGGCACGCAGAUCGAGAGCGCUGGCUGCAGCCGGAGACUCGCACGCGCACGGUCCCUCCCCGGCCUUCCCUCUGGAUGACAGAUCAUGCCUGGAGAAUCCGCCAAGGCUGAAGGGGCUCUGCUGCGGAUGGACCCCGGCGGCCUGCGCCCGGCAGAGGCAGAUGGCUCUCAGAAUGCCUCCAGCACGUCCACCCCCAGUGGUGACUCUUCACCCCCCUCCGCCCUGACUCCACUGCAGGUCUCCCUGACAGCAGCCCCCAAUUGUACAAGCCCCACUGCCAUGGAGCCCACCCUCUGCAGCCCAGGAGCCCUGGCCUUCCUGCCGGCCAAGAAAGAGGACAGGCCCCAGCCAGAAGGAGCCAGCUGCGACACAGCUGUUGGUAGCUCCCCCACUGGCCUGAGCGAGUGCAGCCAGGUCCUGCUGGAAACGCCUCCCAAAGGCCUCCAGGAAGUGCUGAGUGUGGACAUGCUGGACACCAGGAUUGUGAUGGGGGAGGAGACCCAGUGCAGCGAUGACAAGCCAGACACGGGGGUGGAGCUGCACAGCUCACUGCUGGACGACAAGGCUCCCGUAUCAGAGGCAGCUGGCGCUGAAAGCCUCGCAGCCUAUGCCGGAGAAGAGUCGAGUGACGAGGAAAACUGGAUCCUAGAGAGCAGCUCUGAGGCUGUUCGGAAACUCUCUGCCCAGGCCACACCAGGGGAGUCUCCCUGCCCCAAACCCAGAGACAACAGGCAAGUGUGUCUCUAUCGGCCUCCUCGUCUGCUGCCCUGGGAGCCUGAAGAGCCGAGCGUGGCGCUAAAGGAGAAGUUGUUUUCUCAGGGUGAAACCAUGGCCGAUGUGCCUUCCCCAUGUCCCACACCUGCCAAAGACCCUCCUGAUGAGCUGGCCGAGGCAGGACCCUUGCAGCCCCCCCAGGUCAAACCAGUCCUGGAUCCGGACCUGUACUUCACAGCCCCUUCGACGCCAAUCAAAACAGUCUACUCCCACCUCAAGCACCUCCCCUAUGCCAAGGACCACCUGAGCGAGGAGCAGAGCGAUAUGGACAACGAAGGGCUGUGCUCCCCACCUACCUCUCCAUCGGGGUCCUACAUCACCGCCGAGGGGGGCAGCUGGGCUUCCUCUGGCACCUCCAGCACAUCCCCGUCAUGUUCUCCCAACCUGAUUGCUGAGUCGGAGACCGUGGAAGCCUCAACUGCUUAUGGGGAAUCCCUGUUGGAGCUGGAGCUUUCUGAGGAGCCGGCUCGGUUUGCCAGGAGCUCUUGUCUGUCUCCUGAGCAGCUGGAGGAGGAAGAGGAAGGUGACCAGUCUUUGGAGAGACUUUCCUCUGGCAACAUGACUCUGCCUUCAGUGCCAGUGGAGGAGGAAGGGGAUGGUCAGACCACGCCAGAAGAAGAGUGGGACUCUGAAAUUGCUACCUCUAUUGCAUGGGUCCCGCUCACCACAGAGCCAGAGGAUCCAGGGGAGCUGCUGCCAGCUGAGGAGAAGGACCUGCCCCAUCCAGGAGGAGACUCUGGGGAUGAGCCACUGCAAAGCACCUUGGACAGGCAGCUCCUGAAGGUGGAAGUCUUCACCUCAGAUAAAGCCAGUGCCAGCCUGGGGACAGGGGAUGCAGCGAAAGAGCCUCUGGAGUCCAGCCUGGUGUCCUGCUCCCCCAUCCCCUUGCCAGGCCUCCAGUCAGAGUCCAGCAGCGUGUCUGGGGCAAGCUGCUCCUCGGAUGCAGAGACACCCAGCAGCCUGCAGGCCGAGACCACUGGCUCCUCAGCAGAGCUCCCAUCAGACUUCACGGACAAUGACCAGAUGAUCCCUGCCACUCUGCUGCCCUUUCGCGGGAGCCUGAUCUUUGAGGCCGAGUCGCUGGAGAUCACACUGUUCCCCCAGGGGGAGUCUGUAGAGAACGACAUCGUCUACGGGGCGGAGGAAGAUGACAGCACCUCUGCCUCCUUCCUGCAUUCUCUGUCGGAGAACUCCAUCAACGAGGGCGUGGAUGAGUCCUUUGCCUACCAAGAUGACACUUCCCAGUCCUCCGACUCCGCCUCGUACAAUGGCGAGGCAGAUGAGCAGCUGUACAGCACUGAGCAAUACGCUGUGGUGACCCCCUCAGCUCAGGAAGGGGAGAAGCCAGCUGCAGAGGACUCUGAGCAGGGGGCCUCCUGCUCGGGCAGCGAGAGCGAGAUGGAGACAUCAUCAGAUGCCUCUGACACCGAUGAGGAAUACACGGCUUUCUCGGCGCUGGGCACAGUCCCCCACACAGGGGUGGAGGUUGGGUUCGUGCCGGAGGGUAAUGUGGCUCACCAGGAUAAGCUGGAAGGAUCCACAGAAGAGGAAGAGGGGGAGGAAGAAGAGAGGCAGCCACCAGCCCAAAGUGAGGGGAUGCUGAAAUCAGCAGCACUCGCUGAACCCAAGGCAGCGCUGGUGGAUGAACACAGCGACUCAGACAGCCCAGGAAGCGGCAGCAUCUCACCCACAGGCCGAGGCUGGAGCCUCUCUCUGAAACCAGACAGCACACCAUCCCCUGGGGAGUCUGCUCUGAGAGCUGAAUCUGACCAGGCAGAUUCUCCAGGGGAUACUGGCUCCUCCUCAGAGAGCUCCCUGGAGCACCAGUCCUCACUGUCGGACAUGCAGGAGGCCCUGGAGAAAGGGCUCCCCAACUCAGGGGAGUGUCUGAUAGCCUGCUUUGAUACAGACGAGGAGACUGAGGUCUUCCCUGGGCUGGAGGUAGUCAUGGAGAAUGCAGAGCCGAUAAGCCAGUCAGCUGAAGUGUGUGUGGCUCCAUGGAGAGGUGGGGAUGGGAUGGGAUCUGCAAUACCCUUGCCUUGGAAACAGAAGCCAGCUCCCACUGAACUCGCUGAGCCUACCGCCAGGGAUGCCUCUGUGUUUGAGAUGGGCACCAAACUGAAGGAGUCUGAAGUGCACCUCCUGGAGCUCCUAGACCAGGACAGCACUUCUCUGGGAGGGAAGAGGGAAGAUCACUUUGUGGCCCAACUGGGAGCCUCCGAUGGUGCCAGCUUGGAACAGCCUGAAGUGACCAGAGCUGACAGCGAGCCAGCAGGAGAGUGCUUGAUCGCCUGCUUCUCCUCCUCUGAGGAGGAGCUGGAGGAAGCCUCCUCUCUCGAUCAAGUCAACAACAAUGAGGAACAAGGGGAGCUGUUCUUGGAAGCCAGCCUGGAUUCCGUGCCCCUUCUGGGACAAAAUGACACACAGCCAAACAUGCUCGUGGACACAGCCAGCCAGAAUGAGCCCACAUUGGCUGUGGUGGAUCAGCAACAAGAGCCCCUUCUCCCACCGGGGGAUUCAGAGUCCCAGAGCCUGGACCUGCACACGAUGCAGAGAGACCUGCAGGAACUCCAGAGGACGCUGGAUGGGAGCAGGCAGCAGGAGUGCAGAGAGCUGGAUGCAAGCUCAGAGUCUGAGAGAGAGACCUAUGUGAAAAGGUACUUCGGCACAACGGCGUUCUCGCUGCUCCCUCAGGCCAUAGCGGUUCCAGAGAGCACCGAACCAACCUGGGGGCAAGAAGCCCUAGGCAAGAAGCCGGCCCUGGCAGACAGCAGCAUCCCUGAGCCAAUCUGGCCAUGCUCAGGGACUGGAGAGACCAAAGACUCCAACUCAAAAGAACCUCAACUGGACGAGAGCAGCCCUGCCUCUCCUGGCAUCCAGCUGCCGGGAGAAAUGAACAGCAGCACAGACCAGAAUCAAGAGGAGCUCAUGGCAAGCGCAGAAAAGUGGCUCACAGCUGAGGCUGCAGAAUCUGACUUGGAAUCCACGUUUGGUGCCUCACCCGUUGCUGCGAUGGGAGAGACCCAGCCAAAGGCAGCUGUUCAGGCCCUGGAGAGCCUGGGAGAACCUGUGGAAAUGGUAACCCCAGUUCCUUGUUCAAGCACUGUCAGCCAUGACUUGCAGACCAGAUCUGCUGAGGAAGCCACCUAUGCCUCUGUAUCAGGAAGUGAGUCAUGCAGCCAAACAGAUUCUGUCUCUGCUCAGGUUUGCCCCCUAGGAGACCAGCUUGAAAUGGAAACUCCCACUGCAGCUGCUCCAGGCCAAACCCUGCCUGAACCAGGGGCUCAGGUGUUCCAGGCCCCACGUGUCUGUAGCUUGGAUCCAGACUUGCCUGAGUUGAGGGACAGCAACAUGAAUGUUCUGGAGACAGCUAGCUCUGAGUCUCCCUGGGAGCCUGAGCAUGGAGCUGGAGAGGAUCAAGACUCAUCUGUCUCAACAAGCAGCAGCAAGAAUGUUGUGCUCGAAGGGGAAAUAGAGAGCACCAAUGCAGAAGAAACAGCCAAGAAAACAAUUGGAGACCAGCUGGGCUGUGAUGAGCUGCCUGGUGGGAAGGGGGCCUCUACCCAAGAGCAGUGGCUGGGUAGCACCCAACUUCCUCAAGAAAUGAAGCCAGCCGCUCUGCAGCAGAGUGAGAGUCUGGGUGAUGUGACGGAAGAGGAAGCACUCGGCUCUGAAGCUACAUCCGAAGAAGGGGUCUACCUCACCGAUGAGGAGAGGGAGGCCGAGGCUCAGCCCGAAGAAAGUCAGCCAGGAACUCCUUCGCCCAAAGGAGAAAUGGAGGUGGAGUUGGCAGAGAGUGCAGAGGCAGCUUCUGAAGGCAGCUCUUCUGCAUUCAGCAAUGACCUGUUCAGUGGAGACUCCCCGGAAGGCAGGCAAACACCAGGCUGUGCAGCACUCAGGCCUCCCCUUGCUCUUGAUGAUAAGAUGACCACUGUGGACUCUACACAGGAGGAACCCGACAAGGCUGUUUCCUCCAGAGAAUCUUCCCCAGAGCCACCAGACACCACACAGUCCUUCAUGCACAUGGAUUCCAGCUUCUUCAUGGCCUCUGAGGAGAGCAUGGGAGGGAGCACCAGACUAGUUGAGCAGAAAUCCUCCAGGGCGGGGGGAGAACUGGGUGCUCCCGAACAAGCUGAGAGCCAGUUAACAGAGCAGCAAGAGGGUGACAUUCCAACAGAGCUGAAGGAAGCAGUUCUACCACCAGAAUAUCUCCACGUGGGCAUCAGCAGCAGAGACUCUCCAUCCCUGCCCGAGCCCAGCCCCUCAGGGGUCUCUUCAGCUGAGCACAGCCUGGCCCCAGAACCCCCUGAGCACAGCCUGGCCCCAGAACCCCCUGAGCACAGCCUGGCUUUGUGUUUGCACUAUUCCUCCCUGCAAGAAGCUCCACGUUCCACUCACUCAGAGUGCACCAGGCUAAGAUCCAAUGUGCCAGUGCCUAGCAAUCAGCAACUGCUCUUCACUGCUUCUGAGAAGAUCAUCUACAUAGGCGAGCCUGCUAUUCAUGGCCAGCCCCCUGCAGAGCCUGGGGACAGCAGCCCCAGCGCAAGCCUGGAAGCAGAGCAUUCUGCUGAAUAUUCAGGGCCAACAAAAACAAGCCCUGACUUGCUGGAAUCCAAAGCCGUCAUUGCAGAAAGCCUGGCGAUCAGCCUUGGAUUGCGUGAGCCAUCUGGUGCCUUGGUGGAGAACCCUGCUGACCCGCCAGCAGCAUCUCGUGAGUGGCAGGAAAUCACUGCCAUGUUACAAGGCUCCUUUGGGAACCUCCAGGCCUCCCAGCUCAAAGUGGGGCCUCUUUGUCCUGUGAGCAGCCAGAUGGUGACAGAAGCACAAAGUGUCCUUGCCAGCCUCAAGGAGAGGGUCUUGGAGAGCUCCUCAGGAGAGGCCACCCCAGACUCCCUGGAGGCCAGUGAAGCACAAGAGAGGGUGAUCAAAGCUCAGCCUGAACCUGAAACGCCCACUCAUGAACUUGCUGCUGGCAGUGCCUCUCGGCAGCCCAGUGAGGACCAGGGUGCUCGGCAGCCCUCUGAGGACGAGAGCACUUCAGAACAAGCACAAUUGGAGAGCAUCUGUGAGACACUGCUUGCAGCGGAGGUGACACCCAGCCCUGUGCUACUUGCUUCCUCCAUGGGCAGCAGUGAGUCAGUGACCCCUGUGCUAGAGGAACAGGAUCUCUCCGCAGAGGAAGACUCCAGCCUGCACAGUGAAGGGCCCUUGGAGGAAGAGUCCAUCCAGACUUCCUCUGGAACUCAUGCUAAAGACCAGGACCAGAGGUCACUGAGCCUGGAGGAGCCUGCGGAGCUGGGGAUCUCACCCAGGGUAGAAGAGCCUUGGGAGAGCCCUGGUGAGGCAGGUGUAGAUGGUGCCAUGCCAGAGGCCAGCCAAGCAGGACACCUGCAGAGCCCACAGCAUCCAGCAAACGGAGGUAAUCAGCAAAGCCAAAUCCCAUUGGGCGAUACUGAAAGCAGCAGGGAGAAUGAGACGCUUUCGACUACAGAAGCAACCAGUCCAUUGAUACUCCAUUCCUCUCCUUCUCCUGAGCCCUCGGCAGCUUCCCUGGCUAGUGACUUCCAGCCUCCAGAGUCUCCUCCACCAGAGCCCUGCCCCAUCCCUGCAGCUGCUCCCCUCCAGUCACGUCAGCCUGCCUCUCCUGAAGUCACUGUGGAGGAUGCACCUUCCCCUCCUCCUUGCUCUGAACUCAUAGAAGUGCCUCCUGCUUUAUCCUUCUUGCCACCUUGCUCAGAGGAUCCUAUCCAAGGCCAAAACUCAGGGCUUCCCACAUCUGAAGCACAUUCUGUCACAGAGGACACUUGCACUGAAGACCAGCCAUCUCUCCUGCUGGAUUCCAGGAAAUACUUAGAAGCUCUGGAGAGCUCCGCAUCCCCUGUCCCAUGCAGAGACCCCUUCCUCAGCACCCAGGAUUCCCGAGGGAGGCCCCAGCUCCCAGGGAACAAAGACACCAGAGGGAGGGGUUCCGCCUCCGCAGAAGAGAGGCAAGCCCAUCGUGGCUUCGUCCAGUUGGAAUCAAGCUCUUCCAGCGAGAGCGAGCCACCCUACCGCUGCCCAGAGAUCGAGACCCUGAGGGAGGCGGCUGGCAUGACGCUGCUGGAGGACAAGCCGCUGGUGGGGCAGAGAAGCUGUGAAGUUAACCAUAAAGGCUCUUGUAACGACUCGGAGAGCAACGAUGAGUCUAUUCCAGAGCUGGAGGAGCCAGACAUCUCAGAACCCCGGACAGCUCAGACUCAGGCCCAGCUAACGCACUCGCUGAGCACCGGGGAGGAAACCAUCAGCAAAGCCAAGCAGAGCCGGAGUGAGAAGAAAGCCAGAAAGGCCAUGUCCAAGCUGGGGCUGCGUCAGAUUCACGGCGUCACCAGGAUCACGAUCCGGAAGUCCAAGAACAUCCUAUUUGUGAUAACCAAGCCGGACGUGUUCAAGAGCCCGGCUUCCGACAUCUACAUAGUGUUUGGAGAGGCCAAGAUCGAAGACCUGUCGCAGCAGGUGCACAAGGCGGCAGCGGAGAAGUUCAAGGUGCCGAUGGAGCACUCGCCUUUGAUCACAGAAACGGCCCCAGCACUCACGAUCAAAGAGGAGAGCGAGGAAGAGGAGGAGGUUGAUGAGACUGGACUGGAGGUGAGAGAUAUUGAGCUGGUGAUGGCCCAGGCCAACGUGUCGCGUCCCAAAGCUGUGCGGGCACUCAGACACAACAACAACGAUAUCGUCAAUGCCAUCAUGGAGCUGACCAUGUAGCUGCUGGCCUGGAUGUGCAAACAGACCCACCCCCCUCUGUAUAGAUGCACAGUUACUCCUAUACAGUACAGCUGGUAUUAAAUACUCUAGAACUGCAAAUAUUCCUACUAGUCUGCAUCUCUCAUGCUGCUCAAUAAAAUGGCCUCAUGUAUUCACUUGAAA